AAAAAGCGUUCAUAAAUGGCAGCAUCCGGUUAGUUUGUCGGCUUUUCAAUGGAGACAUUCAUUGUGGUGUCAACAGUUUAACGCAACAUUUUCGGUGGUUCGUCUUAAUUAUUAAUUCGAAAAACUCGCGAACAUAUUCCUCAGUUAAUCGGGGAAUAUUUAUAUACUUUAGGUUCCUUGUAAUUAGUGAAAAAUGCCCUCGGCGGCCAGUGUCAAGAUUGACAAGCAAAUUAACCCGGAAAAUGCAUUAGCAGAUUCUACUCAAAAUUUGACUCCCCUUAGGCAAGCUAUCACAAUUAUCGAACACAAAAUUAGAAAUUUGGAAAAACGAAAAUCGAAGUUAGAAUCCUACCAGGAACUGCAGAAGGCCGGCAAGGAAUUGAACGCCGAUCAAAAGACGGCCGUCGCGAAAUACAAUGAAGUGAUAAGCACAUUAGACUUUGCUCGGGAUUUGUGUAAACAGUACGUUAGCAUAGCCGUGUCCACGGAGAAGGAGGCCAAAAAAACAGCCAAGAAGGAGGCGGCCGCCAAAUACCAAGCCGAAUUGGCCAGGCUAAGGGAGAUCCUCCUCGUACAGGAUGCCCUCAAUCAAAUGGGCAACGAGAACGUCCGCGAGGACUUCCUGCAAGGCAGAAACGGCGCCGCCCAAUUGACCGAAACCGAUCUGAAAUUGUUGGACGAUUUGUACCCCGCCGUGACGCCUAAACACGAGGCCGGCAACGCCACCGCCUUCAUGAACGAAGUACAAGCCGCCGCCGAGCAUCUUUUGGCCGCCGUCGAUGGAAAACCGAAGGAGGUAUUCGGCGGCACGUACAGCCACAUCAAGGAGAUUUUAGGGAAAAUCCACGAGAGCGGUUACUUCGAUCAAGCCCAGGUAUUCGAGGAGUACACCGAAGGCGAGAUUCUAACGGAAACCGACCAGCUGGCGGCGGGCGAGCCGAUGAACAGCGCCGAAGUAAUGGCCCCGUCUCCGGCCCAACCGGCCCCGCAGGAGGCGCUCGCGACCAUGCACGUGCCGCUCGUCGAGAGUCUGACGAUAGAAAAUCGAGGUAAUCCGGCGCUUCAAUCGGCGCCCGUGCCCGAACCGGCCCCCUUGGAGCCGCCGGGCGUCGUGCCCGAUUCGACGGUCUACUACCAACCGCUGCCCCAGCCGCAUCCGGCGAUGCCGCCGCAGCAACCGCCCCCGCCGAGGCCCAUCACCGAGGUCUUGGGCGCCGGCAGUUUCUUCUUCUUGCAGGAAUCCGAGAUCGACCAGCCGGAGCAGAUUCCCACGCAGACGUUUACUAAUCAGAGCUUCGGGUCGCAUCCGGCGGUGGCGCCGUUGGCGCCCCAUUUCGCCGCCAUGCCGAACAAUCAGCAGGUGCAGAUGGGGAAUAACGGUAUCGAGGAAUCGAUGAGGGCCGAGGAGCCGGUGCACGUGGGGAAGGAGGCGCCGGCGAACCGCGGGGGCCCGCCGAGACAGGGCAACAAUCAAUCGUAUUACCAAAACAACGGGUACAAUAGACCGCGACAGAACCAGACGAGGAAUACCGGCGGACCGCGGGCCGCUACCAAUAGACAUGCAUAACUGACGGAUUCUUUUUUUUUUUUUAAAUUCUAACGUAUCGGUCCGUUAACGCUCUACCUACCGUAUGCAUGAUAUUAAGUUAUCGUUCUGUUAAGUAUUUUUUUUUAUUUAACUGUAAGUCAAAUUUUUCAUGUAUUUGUGUUUUAUAUGAAACACGCGAGUAUAAUGUCUCGAAAGGAACAGUUUAUUUCGUUGUCGAUUUACAUCGGGAUAUUUUGCAGUGAUAAUGAAUCUUUGGUAACCAGCUACAUAAGUAAGAUAGUUUCUUUUUUUUGAUAAAUUAAGAUUUCAAUCUGUUUCUGGUAUUUGAUGUUAAAAUGUAACAAGUUUUUUUUUGGUACGAUAACCGCUAUUAUUAUCACUGCAAUAAUUAGUCAAUUGGAAUGAUGUACUUGGCAUGAAAACGACACCAAUAUUUAUAAGUAAUUAAAUAUUCCUUAAAUAGCUUUAUAAUUAAGGGCCGGUGUUUUUGCUUCCUGAUAAUUAACUAUAAGAAUAUGCAAUUCCGUCUGCCUAAUUUUAACGGUAAGUUAUAUUCUAAUCUUAGAUAAUUAUCUGGACCUUUAUCCAUAGACGAAAAUAGCGACCCUUUUGCUGGUAAUUCGAUAAUUUAAUGCGUGGUUUGAUUAUUAGUAACAGGGAAAUGUUUUCAUAACAAUGUAACUUUAUAUUUCUGCGUUACUUUUAACAUUCCCAAGCGGCACAAAAACUGAAAUACACACCGAUAUCUUUUUCAUUUUAUAUUCGUUCUAAAUUUUUGCAGUUCUACUUUAUUUAAAAUUUAAAUAUAACUUUUGAGUAAUGUUUCGUUUCUUACGUUUUUUGAUUAAAAAAGCUG